AUGGAAAACACCCAAGCGCAAAAGAGAAAAACAUUCAGAAGAUUUGAAUACCGAGGGAUUGACUUUGAAGAAUUAGUCAAGAUGCCAAUUGAGGAAUUCUCAAAACUGCUAAAAUCAGCAGCCAGAAGAAGAGUUAGACGAGGAUUUACUCAGAAGGAAAUUCAGUUCUUAUUAGACUGCGAGAAGUCAAAGAUGGCCGCAGAGGGAGGCCGAGACAAGCCAGAGUGUGUAACAACCCAUUGCAGAUCUAUGAUUAUAUUCCCACAGUUAGUUGGAUGUGUAUUAGGGGUGUACAACGGAAAAGAGCACAUCACAUUUGAAGUAAAGCCUGAGAUGAUUGGGUAUAGACUAGCUGACUUCAGUUCUGCCCAGAAGAUGGUUUCCCACGGUAAGCCAGGAAUUGGUGCAACUUCCUCAUCUAAGUUCGUGCCACUGAAAUAAAUGGAAUUAUUACG